UCAUCAGUCACAAAGAACAAUGGACUAUUCAACAUCACCUUUAAAUAUGACAACUGCACUCCUUACUUGAGUUCGGUGGGAAGACACGUGAUUGGAGAUGUGCAGAACAUCACUAUCAGUCAGUUUGCAUGCCAGGAACAGGUGGCUGUGAUGAUCCUUUGGACAGCAAAUGCCAUUGGGAUUGAAUACCUGAAGGGAUUUCGAGUAAUACUUGAGGAGUUAAAAUCAGAGGGAAGACAAUGCCAGCAGAUGGUUUUAAAAGAUCCAAAGCAGCUCAGCCCCAGUUUUAAACGAACAGGAAUGGAGUCCCAGGCCUUUUUAAACUUGAAGUUUGAAACAGAUUACUUUGUAAAGAUUGUUCCUUUUCCUUCCAUUAAAAAUGAAAGUAAUUAUCACCCAUUUUUCUUCCGAACUAGAUCAUGUGAAUUGUUGCUACAGCCAGAAAACCUUGUCUGCAAACCUUACUGGAAGCCAAGGAAUGUGAAUGUUACCCAGCAAGGAUUUAACAUGCAAGUGUCUUUUGAUCAUGCACCUCACAACUUUGGGUUUAGGUACUACUUUCUUCACUACAAACUGAAGCAUGAAGGGCUGUUUAAGCAAAAGACCUGCAAACAGGAGCAGAACACAGACACUACAAGUUGUGUUGUUCAGAAUGUAUCUCCAGGGGAUUAUAUCAUUGAGCUGGUUGAUGACACUAACACAACAAGGAAAACAAUGCAUUAUGUGCUUAAACCAGUGCACUCCCCAUGGGCUGGCCCCAUCAGAGCCAUUGCCAUCACUGUCCCUUUGGUUGUCAUCUCUGCGUUUGCCACGCUUUUCACUGUGAUGUGCCGCAAGAAACAGCAAGAAAAUAUAUAUUCCCAUCUAGAUGAGGAGAGCUCAGAAUCUUCAGCUUAUGCUGCAGGUCUCCAUGUGGAAAGACUUCGUCCCCGGCCAAAAGUGUUCAUCUGCUAUUCCAGUAAAGAUUGCCAGAAACACAUUAAUGUCAUCCAGUGCUUUGCUUAUUUUCUUCAGGACUUUUGUGGCUGUGAGGUGGCUUUAGAUUUGUGGGAAGAUCUGAAAAACUGUAAAGAAGAUCAGAAGGAGUGGCUUAUUAAAAACAUAAAUGAGUCCCAGUUUAUCAUCAUUGUGUGUUCCAAAGGAAUGAAAUACUUUGUUGAUAAGAAGAACUGGAAGCACAGAGGAGUAACUAAAGAUGCAGGAAAAGGAGAACCCUUUCUUUUUGCUGUGUUGACUGUUGCAGAGAAGCUUCGUCAGGCAAAGCAGAAUUCAGCUGACCUCUGCAAGUUCAUUGCAGUCUACUUUGAUUACUCCUGUGAGGGAGACAUCCCUGCUAUUCUGGAUCUAAGCACAAAAUACAAACUCAUGGACAAUCUCCCCCAGCUCUAUUCACACUUACACUCCAGAGAUCUGAGUGUACAGGAUUCAGAGGUGUUUCCUGUUAACAUUAGUAAAAGGAAUUAUUUCAGAAGCAAAUCUGGGAGGUCCCUUUAUGUUGCUAUUUGCAAUAUGCAUCAGUUCAUUGAUCAGGAACCAGAUUGGUUUGAGAAACAAUUUAUUCCCUUCCCUCCACCUUCUUUACACUACUCAGAGCCUGUCAUGGAAAAAUUUGAUUCAGGCUUGGUUUUAAAUGACUUGGUGAAUAAACAGGUGAUGGAUGGUGAUUUUUACCUGAAAACAGAUCUAAACAUUUCAGUGGGGAAUUCAGACUCUCACUGUAUAAUUCAGCACUUAAACCUUGGUGAAGAUGUAGAAACUCAGGACAUUCAAGGUGGUGGCAGCUCUGUCCUUCAGCCGUUGUUACAUGUUGUUAAAGCUUCAAAUCUGAAAGACAUGCCUCGAGAUUCUGGAAUCUAUGAUUCAUCUGUUCCUUCAUCUGAAUUAUCUUUACCUUUAAUGGAAGGACUAUUGACAGACCAAAUGGAAACAUCUUCCAUUACAGGAAGUGUUUCUUCAUCAUCAGGUUUAGGGGAAGAAGAACCUCCUGUAAUGACUGCUACAAAGUUCUUAGUGCCUGGAAUAUGUAAAGCAGAACUUCAUUGCCAUAUCCACACUGAUGAACUGCAGGCAAUUGCUCCUUUAUAA